AUGUCACUUAAAGAUCAUGUCGCUCGUGCUUUUCAAGCUACUGAUCAUGAGUUGGACAAACACGAGAAACUUUUUGGGCUCUUAAGGGAUGGCAUAGGGACCGAGGACUCCCGAAAGAACGUAUGCGCUGCCGUGACCAACAGUCUGGUCAAACUUAGGGUACACGUCGUACAAGAUCUGACUUGGAGUGCGGAAGAUACUGAGCGUGGCUUCAAACAGUUGGAAGCGUGGUCAAAUGCAGUGCGAGAAGCAAGCAGUGAUGAGAUUGCUGAUCUAUACUGGGACCACAUCGACCACGUAGAGGCAUUGAUAGUGAGAUGGGAUGAGCGUCACGAGAUAGAACAAAGGUGGUGGAAUGAGACCCAUGUCAGAUUGAACACGCAAACAGAGAGAGUUGUACAGCUUCUGCAAAGUCUGGGCAGCAAGGGAAGCAGUUGGGUUCAAGAUCACCCCACUGACUUUCUUCCGUAUGAAGUUUAUACAAAAGCCGAACUCCAAAAGAAACAUGACUACCUGGAACAGGUGACAUCCUUAAGGAGUGACAGAAGUGUUAAACACCCUCGAUACUACCCUCUGCAGGAGCCAGAUUGGGACACAUUCUGGGUAGAAGCUGGGGCUCGGUGCCAAAGCAUUCAAGCAUCUGUGGAUGCCAAGCGUGCACUCGAGCCCGGACCUACCAAAGGUAACGGGAAAAAGGAUGGGAAAAGAGUCGGCGGUAGGGGUCUAGAUUUCUUGUUACAAAGUCCGACCAAGCACACAAAAAAGGGUUCUGAAGAUCCCUUGGUACGUAUUGCUAGGCCAACAAGUGUGCAAGGUGAGAAGGCCCUCACCCUGGUGGACAGAGAGGGAGAUAGUCAAGGUGGAACUGUGCCAAAACCAGUGUUAAGUCUCUUAGACACAACGGACCAGUUGAAACUGGGUGGAGAACCAAGAGAAGACAAAUUUGGUAUCUGUAGAGAUGAGUCAAGACAGACAGGGGCGACCAUUGAGUCAAUGUCACCUAGACAGAGUUUCAAACCUCCAUCAGAAUCAGCUCGGUCUAAAAGUCCACUAGCCACUGACUUGGAUAGUUCUGCCCCAACCGGAUGGACAGAAGAGACUGGGUCAAGUAACUUUGGCCAAACAGAUGCAAUACACGUCCAAAGAGGGCACCAAUCGUCAAAGAAAAAGAAGAAAAGGUCUGGGAGGAACCUCAUCUCCAAUAGUCAGCCGCAAUUUGUUACUUCAGGCCCCUCACCUUCCCGCGAACUUUCUGCGGUGGACCUUCCUACGAACAAGGAACUCAUGGGAAGACAUAUGGUGGAUCCGGAGGAACGGUUCACAACAUUUCCGUCCGGAUCACCUCCAAUAGAACUUGACACUGCGAGAUCUUUGGAGCCUCCAAGUGAAGUGAAUUCUGCUCCUGAUAACACAGAAGAUAAAACAUUGAACACUUCCCAACAAUCAUUGACAGCUCAAAGACGUCCAGAUGACCCUCCUUCAACGGUAAUUGAGCCUCAAGGGACAGGAAGAGACAUUCAUGAUGAAGCUUCCAAAGAUAACAAAACCAGUCAGAGUGAAGGUUCCAUGUCCUCCAAAGGUCACGAGUCACACGAACGGGACACAGACUGUGCCGUGGCACUAGUACCCACACCCAACAGACUCACACAUGAUAUACUCACAGAGAGUGGACAGUCGGGAGAACAUGAUAGCACAGGUGGAAAGGUUCACUGCUCAUACACUGGAGUACCCCUGGCAAUGAACCAAUCACACCAUUCUGCUCAUGAUCCUGGCGUUCCUGCUUCCGAAGCACUUAGAUUCAUUCCCAGGCAGGUCAAACUUGGUGGGUCAGAAUCGUCAGCACGGAUUGUGAUACUUGCUCCUUCACCAAGACGUCACCUACCCAAGGGGGUCCAUAGUCUCACUGUUGCACAGAAUCCCGAGUCUACACACACGGAGCAUUUAUCCGAGCGGAGCGCAAGCGGACAGGGCAAACCUCGACCAAUCUGGAGUGCUCCUCCCACAACACGAGUGAGAGAAGCUGAGAGCCUAGCAGGCUACUGCGAGACUGAUUUGCCUUCCAACAGAUCCAAAAGUGCCCACCCUAUCCUAUAUGAGAGGCCGGAAUGGGUUGAGGGGGAAUUCGACCUCAGCCAAGUGUCAGCUUUGGAGUCGAUCAGACCCGUUCUCUCCUAG